GUUUUGACACGAUCCAAGUAGAAUACGAAGAAGGCUUGAAUUUCACGGCUUCGCUCUGUAACCGGAAAUUAAUUGGUGCUAAGUUAUUUCUGAAAGGCUUCGAAGCAGAAAUGGGUCUGAUCAACCAUUCCGAUGAUGAGUUUAGAUCUCCCAGGGAUAGGCUCGGGCAUGGUGUUGCUCGUGGAAUGUCUCCACAAGCUCGGAUUGCGAUGUAUAAAGCUUGCUGGCGUGGUGGUUUCUGCGUAAGUUUCGAUGUUCUAGCAGCCAUCGACAAAGCUAUUGAAGAUAACGUUAACAUCUUGUCCUUGUCGCUCGCACUUAACAAAUUGGAGUAUGAUAAAGACAUCAUCGCCAUCGGUGCUCUAGCAGCCAUUGAACGUGGUAUUUUUGUGGUCGCAGUUGCUGGCAAUGACGGUCCAAAUCAUGUUUCUCUCUUUCUUCUUGUUCUCUCCCCGUCAACUAUGCAAAACGAAUGACUUUUAUCGUUCAUAUGGUUGGGGAGAUGCCAAGGAGCUUUAGAGAAAUCUUAGUGGUAAAAAGCUUUUGUCAGAUCCAUCUCAAACUCGGCGGAGAUCAUUUAGACGUACAAUCAUUCAACUCAUGGCUUUAGGUUUAAGAAAAAUACAACUUCAAA